CGGAACAAACAGACGCGCUCUUUGCUCGUUCAUCGACAUCACAAAACAAUGGCCGCUCAAAUAUCUACAGGAAUGUCCGAGCUACGGGAGAUCACUAAAAUGGAGCGCAUAGGCGCACAUUCGCAUAUCCGAGGUCUAGGGCUCGAUGACCGACUCGAACCGCGAGCGAACUCGCAGGGUAUGGUCGGACAAGCCAAAGCACGAAAAGCUGCGGGUAUGGUCAUCAAGAUGGUGCAAGAGGGACGGAUAGCGGGACGCGCUAUAUUGUUCGCGGGGCCGCCUUCGACGGGGAAGACAGCUAUCGCACUAGGCAUGGCACAGACCCUGGGCUCGGAUGUGCCGUUCACAAUGAUCGCUGCCAGCGAGGUGUUUUCGCUAUCGAUGUCCAAGACUGAAGCACUGACACAAGCAAUACGACGGAGUAUUGGCGUGCGCAUCAAAGAGGAAAGCGAAAUAAUUGAAGGAGAAGUCGUCGAAAUUCAGAUCGACCGCAGCCUAACUGGUGCCACUAAAACCGGUAAACUCACGAUAAAAACAACAGAUAUGGAGACUAUUUACGACUUGGGUACCAAGAUGAUAGAUGCGCUUUCUAAAGAAAAGGUUCUUGCAGGUGAUGUUGUAGUGAUCGACAAAACAUCAGGGAGGGUCUCAAAACUUGGGCGCUCAUACGCACGUUCAAGAGACUAUGACGCCAUGGGUGCAGACACAAAAUUUGUGCAAUGUCCCGAGGGCGAAAUCCAGAAACGAAAAGAAGUUGUGCAUACAGUAUCGUUACAUGAGAUUGAUGUGAUCAACAGUCGGACACAAGGCUUCCUUGCUCUCUUCGCAGGUGAUACAGGAGAGAUCAAACCCGAACUUCGUGACCAAAUCAACACCAAGGUUGCUGAAUGGAGGGAAGAAGGCAAAGCCGAAAUCGUACCAGGGGUCCUUUUCAUCGAUGAAGUACACAUGCUUGAUAUUGAGUGCUUUUCAUUCUUGAACCGCGCACUCGAGAACGAGCUGUCGCCUUUGGUGAUCAUGGCUUCAAAUCGAGGAAUGUCACGUAUACGAGGAACAAAGUUCCGAAGCCCACACGGGCUUCCUGUGGACCUGCUCGAUCGUGUCCUCAUCGUCAGUACCAAACCUUAUGCCGAGGAAGACAUCCAGCAGAUCAUUCAAAUCCGCUGCGAGGAAGAAGAUGUGACUCUAACCCCAGAAGCACAAAGCGUUCUCACCUCGAUGGCAACGUCCACGACUCUGCGGUACGCCCUCAACCUGAUUUCCUGCGCACAAGUGAUCGCACGGAAGCGGAAGUCCGACUCAGUGGACGUCGAGGACCUCCGUCGAGCAUAUACAUAUUUCAUGGACGAAAAACGGAGUGUGCAGUGGCUGAAGGAACAACAAGGCAGCUUGGUGUUUGAGGAGACAGGUCAGGAGGAUGCUGUCAUGGGUGAUGCGACGGAUUCGUAGGUGCACUGCAGUUGGGUGCUGGGGGGAAGUGUUUAUUUGUGUUGUCAUGUUCGAUCGGCAAAACCUAUCUGACGAUGCGAGACGUCCCUAUGUACUAUCGCCCUUUGCAACGUGUGGCACAUGUGCAAAGCGAAUAAAAACACUUUAUUCUUCGUUUGUCAUGAAAAAAAAAUCAAUUUGCU